ACAAAUACUCUAGGUUUUGUUCACUACACUUCCCAUGCCACCUUGCGGUUAAACAGGAAAUUAUCAUGUCGGCAAGCAGGGCUGCUUUUCUCAAAAACAUCAUGAAAUCGAAAAUCAUGAUGGGGAAUCAUGGAAAGAGGAACUGAGAUCAACAACAGAAAAAAACGCUGUCACGAGGCUGUUUGAAAUUUGUAAGCCAUCAGAUAAAGGUACUGUACAUUCAGAUGUACUGCUCUUCUAAAAACGGUUGUUCUGUUUAAAAUUUAAGUGGAAAAUCACUGGACUAUUUGAUUUUGAGACAUUUUUGUAAGCACUCACAGGAUGAGAGGAAUUGUAACAUUUUACCUAACCUAUCUGCUGUGCCUGAUGUUGGGGAUCACCUGUGUGGCAUUAGUAGCUCACUGGAAUUACAGCUAUAGAGGUGGAUUUGCAUGGGACGGCUCAGUCAAGCAGUUCAACUGGCACCCGGUCUUCAUGGUCACUGGCAUGGUGGUGCUUUAUGGGAAUGCGGCCGUAUUGUACCGUAUUCCUCUGACGUGGGGUCACAAUAAGCUCCCGUGGAAGCUGUUACAUGCUGGGCUUCUGCUCCUUUCUUUCGUUCUGUCCGUUAUCGGGCUUUGUGCGGUGUUUGACUACCACAACGCAAACCACACAGCCAACCUCUAUUCCCUCCACAGCUGGGUGGGGAUUUGUACCACUGCGCUUUUUACUGCACAGUGGGUCAUGGGUUUUACCGCAUUUCUCUUACCCUGUACUCCAAUGACGGCACGUGCUCUUGUAAAACCAGCUCAUGUUUGGAUGGGAGGAAUCAUCUUGGUACUGGGCAUUGUGUCCUGCAUCUCAGGGAUCAACGAAAAACUCUUUUUUGCACUAAAAGGAAACACCAAUGGGACUCUGCCUUAUUCCGCAUUACCACCAGAGGCAAUAACUGCAAAUGCAUUGGGAGUCAUCAUUGUAGCAUUUGGAUUGGUUGUUUUGAAAAUCUUAUCCAAUCAGAUAUGGCAGCGUCCUGAGCCAGGCUAUGAAGAGGGAGUUUACCAGCCACUGGGGUAUGAUGGAAGCUGAUGAGCCAAAGCUGAAAUGUCUAAAAGCUAAAUAUUAUCUGCAUUCUGACUGAUCUGCAUUCUUCAAUGGAAUCAAAGUGCCCUGAUGUUACAACCGUUCGUCUUCCUAUUCCUAAUUACACAGAGCGCUGCAGUUUACUGCAAAUCUCUUUAUUAUAUGUUUUGUGUUUUAUGUGAUUCUGCUGCUGCUGCUGUUGUUGUAAAGCAUAAGGAAAUCACUGCUUGAUUGUCAAUGGUUUGUGCUUAUUUAUUAUCUGAGAAGAAUUCUAUAACAAAUGAUUAAAAUAAUUUCACACUG